AUGGGUUGGUUCAGUCUGGGUUGUUGGGCUCCGGGAUUGGGCUUGUCACUUGCAAUCUGGGCUUUGGGUUGGCUGCUGAUUUGGCCUUGGUUAGUAUAUCCUAUUUCAUCUCCAGGGGUACGGUCGAACGAUUAUUCUGAUGUUUUGCAGUCCAUCACUAUGAAUGGUGUUGGUUUAGUGAAUCCGGAGAAAGCUUUUGAAUUCUUCAAUGAUCUUCAUUCAUAUCUGGCAUCUUCUGGUAUUGAUGGUGUUAAAGUUGAUGUUCAAAGCAUUCUUGAAACUCUUGGAACCGGACAUGGUGGAAGAGUAAAACUCACUAGAAAAUACCAUCAGGCAUUAGAGGCCUCAAUAUCUAGUAAUUUCCGUGACAAUGCGAUUAUUGCUUGUAUGAGUCACAACACCGACACUUUAUAUAGUGCAAAGAACACGGCUGUUAUGAGAGCUUCAGAUGAUUUCUUCCCAAGAGAUCCUGCCUCUCAUACGAUUCACAUUGCAUCAGUCGCUUAUAAUACCAUUUUCAUCGGGGAGUUUAUGCAGCCAGAUUGGGACAUGUUUCAUAGCUUACAUCCAAUGACUGAAUACCACGGAGCUGCUCGUGCUGUGGGAGGAUGUGCUAUAUAUGUCAGUGAUAAACCUGGACAUCAUGAUUUCAAUCUGUUGAAGAAGCUUGUACUUCCCGAUGGUUCCGUGUUGAGGGCGAAAUAUCCUGGAAGACCAACUAGAGACUGCUUAUUUUCUGAUCCAGUCAGAGAUGGAAAAAGUCUUCUGAAAAUAUGGAACCUAAACGAUUUUACCGGUGUCAUCGGGGUAUUCAAUUGCCAAGGAGCCGGAUGGUGCGGGGUUACGAAGAAGAUGGUUAACCAUGAUGAACAACCUGCCACUAUCACAGGCUUUAUUAAAGCUAGAGAUGUUGAGUAUCUGCCUCAAGUAGCUGAGGAUGGUUGGACUGGGGAUAGCAUCUUAUAUUCACAUCUUGGUGGAGAAGUGACUUAUCUCGCAAGAAACGCGUCUAUCCCGAUUACGUUAAAGCACCGGGAAUAUGAAGUUUUUACUGUUGUUCCUGUUAUGGCACUGUCCAGUGGGUCUAAAUUUGCUCCCAUAGGCCUAAUCGAGAUGUUCAAUUCAGGAGGGGCCAUCAAGGGAUUGAAAUGUGAAUCUGAGGACCCUGUUACAACUAUUAACUUGAAAGUUCGAGGCUGCGGUCUGUUUGGCGCCUAUUCAUUGACUCAACCACAAAGGAUAACGGUCGAUUCGGAAGACGUGGUGUACGAAUUCAAAGGCGAAUCUGGUUUGGUUACCUUUGCUCUAGGAGUCCCAAAGGAAGAGCAGUACCUCUGGAACAUUCUCAUUGAGCUAUAUGAACCGAAGUAUAAUGUUGCGGUGGUAUAA